AUGGGGGACAUCAAGCCAUCUACGAUGAAAGCGCAAUCUAUCGACCAUCACGGACCAGAUAUGAUGGAGACAUUUAUCGCGCCAAAUGGUGAGGAUGCCAGGAAACAUUAUACUGCAAUGGGCAUCAGCUCAGACGAUAUUGAGGCGGCGAGCGAAUUCGCCUCAUCUUUGUCCCCCGAGCAGGCAGAGGAGAUUUUGAGAGACUUCCUAAACCUUCAUGGCGAUGACAUGUGUGUGCCAACACACUCGGUGGCCACAGUGACUCUGCUUCUCGAAAGGAUAGAAGCUUCCAAAGAAACCGAUUUACACGACUUGGCAAUUGCGCGAUGUGUUGCAGCCGUGAUCCAUAGCAACUCGGUGUACCAGGAAGUUCGGGCCAUCGUGCCCCCGAGUGACAAUGUCGAGGAGCCUGCCAACACUAUUCGGAUGUGGGUGAUAGGACUUCUGUGGGCUGGCGGCUUGUCUGCCCUGAAUCAAUUCUUCUACCCGCGGCAGCCAACCAUCACCGUCGCCGUGUACCUCGCCCAGCUAUUUGGAUUUGCGAUGGGAAAGGCGGCGGCGACGUUUCUCCCCUCGACAGUCUUCUUCCAGGGCUCGCGCUUUGCUUUUACUCUGAAUCCUGGUCCCUGGAGCAUGAAAGAGCAAACCCUCAUCACUAUCAUGUCCAACGUCAGCUAUAUGGCCCCUAUCAUGACCGAGCUUUUCUUCAUCCAACGGCUUGAAAUGUACCUUGGUCUGGAAUGGGCAUCGAACUUUGGCUAUGGCUUGUGUAUCCUACUCUCAUCGCAGCUUCUAGGAUUCGGACUCGCUGGUUUCUGUAGAAGAUUCUUGGUCUAUCCUCCCAACACCCUCUGGUAUUUUGUACUGGGACAGACUGCCAUGAAUAAGGCUUUCAUCCAAGGUGCAAAUCCAAUCGCCAACGGCUGGAGAAUUUCUAUGAUGAAAUACUUCCUCAUUGUUUUUGCAUGCGCCUGGUGUUACUAUUGGAUUCCGAAUACCAUGUUUCCCACUCUAACCUUUUUCAACUGGAUCACUUGGAUCAAGCCUACGAGUGCCGCGGUAGCCUUGGUGACCGGCUCCUACUACUUCAACUUAGGCUUCAACCCUCUUAGCAGUUUUGACUACCAAUGGUUCUCGACAGUCGAUCCAUUUGUUACCCCGUUCUUCAUUGUGGUGCAGGUGGUUGGCUCGACUGCUUUUUGGGGUCUCUGCGUGAUCAUUCCCGUCUUCUUCUCGAACACCUGGGACACCGGCUAUCUACCCAUCAACUCUUGGCUGCCUUAUGACAACACCGGGGCCCCAUAUCAGGCUCAGCUCAUUCUGGGUAAAGACUAUAAGUUCAACCAGACUGCUUACGAAGAGUAUUCGCCGCUACUUCUGCCCGCAGCUUUCGUUUUGAGAUGGGCUGGGAUGAUGGCCUUGCUUCCAGCUAUGCCAAUCUUUGUAUACCUUUGGCACAGGAAGUUAUUCGCACCUAUCUUCAAGAGCUGGUUCAAGAGCGAUCCGCUUGCUAUGUGGAAAAGUGAUGUUCAUUGCCGCCUAAUGAGCCGUCACAAAGAGGUUCCGCAUUACGUGUACGGCAGCAUCGCAAUCGUCGCAAUGGCUCUUGGCAUCGCUGGUGUAUAUGCUUGGCCCGUCGGCGUGCCAUGGUGGGUUUACCCACUAGCGUUUGUAUUCAGUGGUCUAUUUGUGAUCCCUGUUGGCCUCCUCCUUGGUGUGACGGGCUACGCCACCGACCUGGAUUUUCUCUUCAGCAUUAUAGGUGGCUAUGCAGUUCCUGGUGACCCCAUUAGCAUGUUCGUCUUCAAGUCCUUAGGAAAGUGUGUUUUACGACAAGCCACUUACUUCGUGUCCGACAUGAAGCUUGGCCACUAUAAUAAGAUUCCACCAAGGCUUAUGGUAGCCUCUCAGUUGGUUGCCACUGUAGUCUCGGUAAUUGCCUCGCUUGGGAUCAUCAACUUCCAACUUACUGGUAUCCCUGGAAUCUGUAACCCGGAGCUGCAACCCAGGUGGAUCUGUGGCAGCGUGGCUCAAAGCUGGACCACAUGCAUUGUCUGGGGAGCUCUCGGUCCCUCAAGGCUCUUUGGAAGCGAUGCCCUCUACAGAAAGCUCCCUUGGGCUACUCUCGCCGGCGCCAUAUGGCCUAUUGCCUGGUACCUGGCUCGACAACGCUGGCCCAACAGCUUCUUCCGACUUUGCCAUCCUCUCGUUCUCUUGGUAGGUCCCAUCUUGUGGGCACCCCUCAACUUUUCCAUGUUAUGGCAAGGCCUGCCAGUAUCCUUCGUAUUUGGGUAUUGGAUCAAACACCGAUAUGUAGAGUGGUGGAAUAAGUACAACUACAUCACGUCCACGGCUCUUCUAUCGGGUAUCGCCUUCUCAAUCAUUAUUCAAUUCGCUGGGCUUGCUAAUCAAGGGAUAUCAUUCCCACAAUGGUGGGGGACAACCAAGUACAUGGAGACGUGUGACUUUCAAGACUGCAGAUGGUUGACAGUCAACCCUGGUGAGGCGAUUGGCCCAGCAGAGUGGCAUUAA